GGGAGGCACUGGGGAGAAGAGAGGGAAGGCGCUGAAACCCACCUGAGAAGGCGGGCUGGGGGAAGGCACCCCGGGAAAGAGGUUUUCUCGGGUGCCCGCACCCGGAGAGAGCUACUCCGGGGCCAGGCAAGCAUCCCGCCUAGGCUCCCUAGUGCAUAUUAGUGAGUAACACGACUGGCGCGCGAGGUGGUCCAUUUUAUUUUUGGUAGCUAGACGCCAAUAGGACGCACCACUUCAGCUCCAAACGGGAACUGGUGGCCCCAAGAUGUUUUCUUUUCUUUUUCAUUUUUUUGAGACAGGGUCUCGCUCUGUCGCCCAGGCUGGAAUGCAGUGGAGAGAUCUCAACUCAUCGCUACUCCCUCCUUCUGGGUUCGAGUGAUCCUCCCACCUCAGCCUCAGUAGCUGGGACCACAGACGCGCGCCACCACGCCGGCUAAUUUUUAUAUUUUUUUGCAGAGAAAGGGUCUCGCUAUGUUGCCUAGGCUGGUCUCGAACUCCUGGCCUCAAGUGAUCCACCCGCCUCGGCCUCCCAAAGUGCUGGAAUUACUGGCGUGAGCCACCGCGCCCGGUCUGCCCCUAAGAUUUUCAUUGCAAAGAUGGAAUGGUCGCUUCUGUGCGGAUCCUCCAAACCAUCGUUGGGAGAGGCCUCCUUAAAGUCUAGGAGAAAAGUUGUUUGGGACCGAUAUGAAAGUAAGGCAAAGCCGGAUGGAAGAGAGUAGCCGAAACAAGCAAGAAAAGGAAAAGCGAUCGUGAUGGGUUUAGGAAAGGUGAUCUGGCGUGCUAAAUGGCAUUUCCGGAGAAAUCUGAAAACUAUUGCUUUACUGAAGUAUAGCAAAGAGCUGUCCGGGCUCUGGAAACUCCUUAACGGAUCAAAACGGAUGCAAUGGGUAUCCUUCUCCAACGACACACCUCAAACGGGCCGGGAGCCGGGCAGUUAGCCACCCGCUGCCUCCCCUUCCGCAGUCCGGCUCGCAGCCGCUCAGCUACCUCUAAAGCCCGGAGCAGGAAAGUCCGCGCAGGCCAGGAUGGCCCGGGUGGUAAUCUAGCAGGCCUGCACACUGCGCAUGCGCAGGGGGUGGACUGCCAGGUCGGCUCAGGGAGCCGUGACGAGUCCGGAAGCGCCUGCGCGCGCUCCUCGGUACGAGAACUAGUUUUGUUCCGUGCCCUCUGGACUGGAACCUUUUGGAGAGAACCCCUGGCAGGACCAACCCCGCACCCGCCAGCACCGCGGCAAUGUCCAGCAAUAGUUUUCCUUACAAUGAGCAGUCCGGAGGAGGGGAGGCGACGGAGCUGGGUCAGGAGGCGACCUCAACCAUUUCCCCCUCGGGGGCCUUCGGCCUCUUCAGCAGCGAUUUGAAGAAGAAUGAAGAUCUAAAGCAAAUGUUAGAGAGCAACAAAGAUUCUGCUAAACUGGAUGCUAUGAAGCGGAUUGUUGGGAUGAUUGCAAAAGGGAAAAAUGCAUCUGAACUGUUUCCUGCUGUUGUGAAGAAUGUGGCCAGUAAAAAUAUUGAGAUCAAGAAGUUGGUAUAUGUUUACCUGGUUCGAUAUGCUGAAGAACAGCAGGAUCUUGCACUCCUGUCCAUAAGCACUUUUCAGCGAGCUCUGAAGGACCCAAACCAACUAAUUCGUGCAAGCGCUUUGAGAGUUCUGUCAAGUAUUAGAGUGCCAAUUAUUGUACCUAUCAUGAUGCUUGCUAUUAAGGAAGCUUCUGCUGACUUAUCACCAUAUGUUAGGAAGAAUGCAGCCCAUGCAAUACAAAAAUUAUACAGCCUUGAUCCAGAGCAGAAGGAAAUGUUAAUUGAAGUAAUUGAAAAACUUCUGAAAGAUAAAAGCACAUUGGUAGCUGGCAGUGUUGUGAUGGCUUUUGAAGAAGUAUGCCCGGACAGAAUAGAUCUGAUUCAUAAAAAUUACCGCAAGCUAUGUAACUUACUAGUGGAUGUUGAAGAGUGGGGGCAGGUUGUCAUAAUCCACAUGCUAACUCGAUAUGCUCGGACACAGUUUGUCAGCCCUUGGAAAGAGGGUGAUGAAUUAGAAGACAAUGGAAAGAAUUUCUACGAAUCUGAUGAUGAUCAGAAGGAAAAGACUGACAAAAGGAAGAAGCCGUAUACUAUGGAUCCAGAUCAUAGACUCUUAAUUAGAAAUACAAAGCCUUUGCUUCAGAGCAGGAAUGCUGCGGUGGUUAUGGCAGUUGCUCAGCUGUAUUGGCACAUAUCACCAAAAUCUGAAGCUGGCAUAAUUUCUAAAUCACUAGUGCGUUUACUUCGUAGCAAUAGGGAGGUGCAGUAUAUUGUCCUACAAAAUAUAGCAACUAUGUCAAUUCAAAGAAAGGGGAUGUUUGAACCUUAUCUGAAGAGUUUCUAUGUUAGGUCAACUGAUCCAACUAUGAUCAAGACACUGAAGCUUGAAAUUUUGACAAACUUGGCAAAUGAAGCCAACAUAUCAACUCUUCUUCGAGAAUUUCAGACCUAUGUGAAAAGCCAGGAUAAACAAUUUGCAGCAGCCACUAUUCAGACUAUAGGCAGAUGUGCAACCAACAUCUUGGAAGUCACUGACACGUGCCUCAAUGGCUUGGUCUGUCUGCUGUCCAACAGGGAUGAAAUAGUUGUUGCUGAAAGUGUGGUUGUUAUAAAGAAAUUACUGCAAAUGCAACCUGCACAACAUGGUGAAAUUAUUAAACAUAUGGCCAAACUCCUGGACAGUAUCACUGUUCCUGUUGCUAGAGCAAGUAUUCUUUGGCUAAUUGGAGAAAACUGUGAACGAGUUCCUAAAAUUGCCCCUGAUGUUUUGAGGAAGAUGGCUAAAAGCUUCACUAGUGAAGAUGAUCUGGUGAAACUGCAGAUAUUAAAUCUGGGAGCAAAAUUGUAUUUAACCAACUCCAAACAGACAAAAUUGCUUACCCAGUACAUAUUAAAUCUCGGCAAGUAUGAUCAAAACUACGACAUCAGAGACCGUACAAGAUUUAUUAGGCAGCUUAUUGUUCCGAAUGAAAAGAGUGGAGCUUUAAGUAAAUAUGCCAAAAAAAUAUUCCUAGCACAAAAACCUGCACCACUGCUUGAGUCUCCUUUUAAAGAUAGAGAUCAUUUCCAGCUUGGCACCUUAUCUCAUACUCUCAACAUUAAAGCUACUGGGUACCUGGAAUUAUCUAAUUGGCCAGAGGUGGCGCCCGACCCAUCAGUUCGAAAUGUAGAAGUAAUAGAGUUGGCAAAAGAAUGGACCCCAGCAGGAAAAGCAAAGCAAGAGAAUUCUGCUAAGAAGUUUUAUUCUGAAUCUGAGGAAGAGGAGGACUCUUCUGAUAGUAGCAGUGACAGUGAGAGUGAAUCUGGAAGUGAAAGUGGAGAACAAGGCGAAAGUGGGGAGGAAGGAGACAGCAAUGAGGACAGCAGUGAGGACUCCUCCAGUGAGCAGGACAGUGAGAGUGGAAGGGGGUCAGGCCUAGAAAACAAAAGAACAGCCAAGAGGAACUCAAAAGCCAAAGGAAAAAGUGAUUCUGAAGAUGGGGAGAAGGAAAAUGAAAAAUCUAAAACUUCAGAUUCUUCAAAUGACGAAUCUAGUUCAAUAGAAGACAGUUCUUCCGAUUCUGAAUCAGAGUCAGAACCUGAAAGUGAAUCUGAAUCCAGAAGAGUCACUAAGGAGAAAGAAAAGAAAACAAAGCAAGAUAGAACUCCUCUUACCAAAGAUGUUUCACUUCUAGAUCUGGAUGAUUUUAACCCAGUAUCCACUCCAGUUGCACUUCCCACACCAGCUCUUUCUCCAAGUUUGAUGGCUGAUCUUGAAGGUUUAAACUUGUCAACUUCCUCUUCAGUCAUCAGUGAAAGAAAAGCACUCCAUCUAAAGUUGGGCAAAAAAUGACCGCCAGUUGACACGGCUGAGUGAAGCAGGACCACAACACUCACUCCCCAAAAGCUAACAAAAUGAUCAAACAAGUAGCGCUAAAAAGAAUGACAACCAGAAGUUCACCAGCAACCAUAAAAUAUGGACAGGAAUAGAACUUUAAACAAAGAAAAUGCUAGAACUCUGAAAAAUGGAACUUGUAGAAAUAAACUGAAUAUUCUACUGCAGAAUGGCAUGGCUCCCAAUAGCACAUCCAGCCCUCAGAACAGUACUGAGAAAAGAAGAUGAAUCAACCAGAGUUUAAGCUUCCUCAUUAUGUGUCUGAAUUUGGAAAGAAGUGGACAGAAGACAUCAGAGGAGAAUAAAGAAAACCCCUCAAGAAUUACAACUCCCAUAUAAUGCUGUGAGAUCUCAACAAGUCUAGGAGCUUUUUUGGAUCCUGAAAUGAAGUUCAUAGAUGAUAGAGUACAUCUAUAAUUUUAAAGUCGACAUGUUGUCCUAGUCGAAUAGAAAAAAUAAAAGUAAUGUAUAAUAAACUAAUAUUUUCAAUGAUAUGUAACUGUUUGACCAUGACUACACUAGAAGUAGUUAAAUGAUGCUGGCACUCGUAUAUAGAACUCAUGAAUGUGAGAACUAUAUGUGCAGAUUGAUAUAGGUGUGUUAUUCGGCAACGCAAAUGCUACGGGUUGUGGUAUUUCCAUCAGUGACUUAAUUUUCCAAACACUGAACAGUUUUUCUGCACCAAAGUAGUUGCAUCCCUGGAAAAUUGAGCCUGUUAAAAUCUUGCCAAAGAAAAAAAAAACUUCGUAUUUUAUAUGAAAUGUUCUAGGAUUGAGUAAUUUUAAGCACGUUGUCCAACGUGUUUAACGUGUCUAAUGAGACAGUUGAAUGUUAAUAGUUUCAUUUUCUCAUAGUAGGAAACAGAGCUUUUGUGAGGGACAUGGCACAGUCUGUAUCAUCAGGAUCUGCCCUAUUCAUUACUACGAACAUCUAGCAUUCCUGGCCUUCACUUCUUAAAGCUAGUGGCAUCCUUUACUGUCCCUCCCUCCAGUCGUGUUCUAGUUGUAAACGUCAAAGCAUUAUGUAGCAGUGAAAACCACAGGCUCUUGAUUCAGACCACCUGUGUUCAAAUCAGAGUUCUGCACUUUACAAAUUAGAGACUUCGGGCAAGCCAGUUUACCUCCCAGUGCCUCCAUUAUUUUCAUCUGUAAAAUGAUCAUGCUACCUACCUCAUAGGAUUGUUGUUGGUAUUAAAUGAUUAACAAACAUGAAAUGUUUAUGACAGUACCUGAUAUGUACUAAUAACUAAAUAUUUCCUGUUAUCAUUUUCGUUACACGUACAUCAUUAGUGCAGCUUUAUAAAGGAAAUGAAGUGUGACCCAAGAAAACUGUGUUUUCUUCUUACUAUCAAGGCUGUACAUAGAUAUGCUGAAACAUGAAAAUUACUAUGGAUUCUACUUUAAAGAAAAAAGAGUGGGGAUACUGCUGAUUGUUGAAACCAAGGAAAGGGUGAUUCAAAGUAAUAGAAUCAGUAGCUAUAAAAAUUGUGAUCAUGUGAUUGAGUAUAAAUGAUAAAAAUAAGAAACCAAAACUAGAAGGUGGGGAAAGAUGACAGGAUGCAUGGUAAUUAUUUUUUCGAUGUAGGUGGGAAAACACUCCGUAAUAUGCAAAAUUGAAACCGCUUUUGUUUUUGUUUUUAAUGAAAUGCAAACCUCUUAAUGAUUUGUAUAUACUCAAAGAACAUCUAUCUGAUGUUUUGUAGGGUUUUUUAUUUUUUGGUUUUAAUUCCAUUUCUUUUUCUUCAAAGUAAGAGUAUAGUCCCAUUCUAAGGGAUAAUUUGUCUCUUUCUCUGUGUAUCUGUCAAUGGUUACAGAAAUGUCAUGUUCACCAUGGUUAACAGUUACUUUACAUGGAAUGGUUUCAGAAUGACUUGUUGAUUGUUUUGGUACUUUUCUGUAAUGUUUAAAUGUUUUAUAAUAAUAUAAUGAUAACUUUUAAAAACAAAUUAUUACUAUAAAAAUGAGCAAAAGGACAAGAACUGGAAAAAUUAAUUUAUGGUAUAACAAAUCAGAAUAGUGCUUACUCGUAGGAGAAUUAGUGCUUAUAAGGAAAUACAAGAGUAGCUUCUGGGGUGCUGAUAAUGUUCUGUCUUUUGAUCUGGGGGCUGUUACAUGGGUGUAUUCAGUUUAUGAAAAAUAUCAUUGAGCUUUGCACUUAAGAUAUGUGUACUUUAUGUAUAUUCUACUUCAAUAAAAUAUUUUUAAAAGUG